AUACGUCCGCUCAUUCGAUCUUAUGCACUUCCGUGAAAGUCGUUCUUUAACUGUCGUCUCCUGGAUCUCUUGAUACGUAAUCAAACGACACAUGUUCGCGUUCAAUAAUAUAUUGUUUUCGAUUCCGAUGAAAAGUCAAGUGAAAUCAAAUGACGUGCAUCUGUCCAGGUGAAUCGUUGUAUAGCUAUUUAAACAUGUUAUGGACGUUUUAAGUGUGAAGUGAGAUCGAAAGUUGGUUUAAACAUUCGAGAAACAAAGGAUUUUCAUUGAGAAGAGAAAAAAAUGAAUGAAAUCAAAACUCGUGUCGUCGAUACAACGAACUAUUCGAGGCAGUUGAAGUUCGGAAUAGAAAGGAUAUUAUCGGACGAAUUUUCGGCGAAGAGGACAGAUGUACUCAGGCCACUUCCGGUGCAAUUCUCCACGGUGCGGUGUCCUUGCCCCGGAAGUUGCGUCAGGUGCGAGGCCCUUCGAAUCUGCCCACCAUUUUCCUACGGACAAACGACUAUUCCUGGGAGCUACGGGAGCACGAACCAUGGAAACGGGAUCAUUGAAAACUACGGGAACAUUUAUCGGCCUGCUCCACUUCGACCUGUUCCUCGACCUCCAAUAACCUCCAGCACGGCACCGAGCAAUCAACCCGAAGCGAAUACCAGAAGGAAAAGAUCGUGGUCGAGAGCAGUGUUUAGCUCCUUACAACGGAAAGGGUUAGAGAGAAGGUUCUCCUUGCAGAAGUAUAUAACCAAACCUGACAGGAGGCAGCUUGCGGCGACGCUUGGGCUCACGGACGCUCAGGUAAAAGUCUGGUUUCAAAAUCGUCGAAUGAAAUGGCGGCACACGAAAGAAAGCGAGAAUAAUUCUCUACCGAAUCCUGACAUACAAAAGGAUUUAGCUAGGAAAUUAGCGAAGGAUAAUAUGAAAAGUUCGACGGAUAAGACUGUUUUGGAAGAUGAGGAGGAUGUCGAGAUCGAAAUCGACGUGUGAACGUCGAAGUGUACAUUAAAUAUAGGUUAAUAGCUUGUAAUUUGUAAUGAUAAAUUUUGAAUAGGAAUAAAGUUUAUAUAAAAUUGAUGAUUCCGUGUUCUUCGUUACAAUACGAAUAAGAAUGAAAUUGCA